UGCCAAUCGCCGGCUCAGCCGCGCUCAGGGCCCGCCGGCUUCCCCGCUGACAGGGCGCUGCGCCUGGGCCGCUGGCACCUGCCGCGAGCGAGGCGAGGCUGUUACGGGAGGAGCGUCCCCGGCUGCCGCCCGUCCCUCUGGGGAGGCCCCGGGCCCCGCCGCCGCAGCCGGGCGGUCACCCCUGCUCCUCGCCGGCGGCCGCUCGGGACAGCCCCGCCAUGGAGGCGAUUACGCCGGGGGAAGCCAGUGUCCAAGAUGAGGCUGUGGACAAAAGCACCUUCAAGGAAUGCAACCAGAUUGCUUUCUACAGGCGUCAGAAACUUCUACAUCCUGGAAAAUCCUUGUAUCAAGCAUUGUUGGAUUCAGUCACAUUAAGUGAUGAGAAUGUCAAAUUCCCUAUUAUUCAUGAGGAGAAUAAGGUUCUUCUACAAGUAGAAAUUUGUGAAAUAGAAGGCAGUAUUUUCAGGCUUAAAAUUGAUGAGGCAGCUCCUCUCAGAGAAAGAUACAAAGUUCCUGAUGUUCUUAUAAAGGAACCUGUCACCCGAAGACUUACCAUAUCCCAGAAGGAGGCAGGCAUUUUGGUGCUGUCAAAUGUUAAUGAGGACUACAAACUUCAGGUCACAGCAAACCCCUUCCAGAUUGAGCUACAGUCCAAGACCGAGACUGUUCUGAGUAUGAAUUCCAAUGGGUUGUUAUAUUUUGAGCACCUACAACCACCUCCCAGUGAUAGAAAACAUACAGAAGAAAACAAGGAUGAGUCAUCAAGUGAUUCCUCUAAGGAGAAACAAGAGGAUCUAGGUCUCUGGCAAGAGAAAUUUGGCAGAUUCUUAGACAUCAAAGCUCGUGGUCCUAGUUCUGUAGGUGUGGACUUCACUUUACAUGGAUUUGAGCAUGUUUAUGGACUACCACAACAUGCAGAAGCACUUCUUCUCAAAAACACCAGUGAUGGUGAUGCCUACCGGCUUUAUAAUUUGGAUAUCUUCGGCCACAAGAUACAUGACAAAAUAGGCAUUUAUGGUUCAGUGCCCCUUCUCUUAGCACACAAGCCCAACAGAACUUCAGGGAUCUUCUGGCUGAACUCUUCAGAAACGCUGGUGGAUAUUAAUACAAAGGCAGUAGCUGAGCACAUCCUGUCCGGAUCUGCUGCAGAGACCGCCAAGCAGAGAGCCGUGCCUGUAACUGAUGUGCGCUGGAUGUCAGAAAGCGGCAUCAUUGAUGUUUUCCUGCUGACGGGACCCACUGCAUUCGAUAUCUUCAAGCAGUUUGCACAUCUGACAGGCACUCAGGCCCUGCCCCCACUUUUUUCGCUGGGCUACCAUCAGUGCCGCUGGAAUUACGAGGAUGAGCAAGAUGUCAAGGCAGUAGACGCUGGCUUUGAUCAACAUGACAUUCCUUAUGAUGUGAUAUGGCUGGACAUAGAGCACACAGAUGGCAAGAGGUAUUUUACUUGGGACAAAAAGAAAUUCCGAAACCCCAGAAAGAUGCAAGAACAUCUCAAGAAGAGAAAACGGAAGCUUGUCGUCAUUGUAGAUCCCCACAUUAAGGUUGAUCCCACCUACACCCUGUAUUCACAGGCAAAGGACAAAGGAUAUUUUGUGAAAGACAGAAAUGGGCAAGAUUUUGAGGGCAUCUGUUGGCCAGGUUCCUCUUGUUACCUGGAUUUCACCAACCCUGAAGUGCGAAAGUGGUAUGCAGAUCAAUUUGCCUUCAAAACAUACAAGGGAUCCACUAAUAUCCUCUUUGCGUGGAAUGACAUGAAUGAGCCUUCAGUCUUCAAAGGGGCAGAACUAACAAUGCCGAAAGAUGCUGUCCACUACAACAACUGGGAGCAUCGGGAAGUACACAACCUCUACGGAUUCUACCAGCAAAUGGCAACUGCAGAAGGACUCAUCAGACGUUCUUCAGGAAAAGAGAGACCAUUUGUCCUCACACGAUCUUUCUUUGCUGGUUCACAGAAGUAUGGGGCAGUGUGGACUGGAGACAACACAGCAGAGUGGCGUUACUUGAAAAUAUCUAUUCCAAUGCUUCUCACCAUCAGCAUGGCAGGGAUUUCAUUCUGUGGAGCUGAUGUGGGAGGGUUUAUUGGAGAUCCAGAACCAGAAUUACUUGUUCGCUGGUAUCAGGCUGGAGCCUACCAGCCCUUCUUCAGAGGUCAUUCUAACAUGGAGAGCAAACGGCGAGAACCGUGGCUCUUUGGGGAGAAGAACACCCAGAUCAUCAGGGAAGCCAUUAGAGAGCGCUACGUCCUCCUGCCAUACUUAUACACACUGUUCUAUCGGGCACACACAGCGGCUGAACCGGUUAUGAGGCCUCUCUGGAUAGAGUUUCCAGGGAAAAUAGAAACUUUUGGCGUGGAUAAUGAGUACAUGCUGGGAAAUGCUUUGUUGGUGCAUCCAGUCACAGAGCCAGAGGCCAAGGCAGUGAGUGUUCUGCUUCCAGGGUCAGAGGAGAUUUGGUAUGAUUUCAGAAAAUUUAAACAAAUGGAAGAUCCAGGCACUCUGAAGAUCCCAGUAACACUGGAGAAUAUUCCUGUGUUCCAGCGGGGGGGCACUGUGUUGCCCCUGAAGACCACAGCUGGAAAAUCGACUGAAUGGAUGACAGAUAUUUCUUAUGAACUCCACGUGGCCCUGGACACAGAGGCCUGUGCAAUCGGUGAGCUCUACCUGGACGAUGGGCAUUCCUUUCAGUAUCUACACAAGAAGCAGUUCCUGUAUCGGAAAUUCACUUUCCACAAGAACAUUCUCUCUUCCAGCUGCAUAGAUGAAAGCGGACGAUACCACACUACCUGUGUGGUUGCACGAGUGAUAGUUCUGGGAUUUGGACAGCAACCCGCUCUUGUAACAGCUUCUUCCAAGGGUGGAAAAGAAAAAGAAGUGGUUUUCACAUAUGAUACGAAGACCUCCAUGCUGAUGCUGGAAAAUCUAGUCCUGAGUGUUGAUGCUGACUGGAGGAUUCACAUCAGCUGAAAGAAGACACAACUUCUUCAGAGAAUUCAUUGAGAGGUUGAAGGCAAAUAAGUUGGGAUGUCUUAAAAUGUUCACUUGGAUCCAAUCAACACCCACAUCUCCAAACUAACUUUUCCUACAAUUUUUCUUUUAAAGCACUAAUUUAAACCUGGAUAGCUCUUCUAUUCAGCAAAAGUAAUGGCACUAGAAUUGUAUCCUUGGGUAAAAAAGGUAAAUACUAUCUGCUCCCAGCAAGCUUCAGUUAGACAUUAAGAUUGAGUUCUGCCUUCACUUGCACCAAAAAAUCAUGAAUUGAUGGGGUGAGAUUGUGGCUCGCUGGCAUAGGGUUUAAUGUAGGUAUUUGGAAAUCCCACUAUUCAGAGACUGGAUUACUUGAGAAGAGCAGAUGUGGGCCAGUUUGACAAGGAGCAUCAGCAGAUGUGCCAGAGGCAGAGGUUAUCAUUGGAGCUCUGCCUGCAAGCUGCCUUGUGAAAACAAACCCAGAAGGAGCCACCCAGUGUGAUGACAGACACUUCCCCUUUCCAGUCCAUGUGAGAGUGCAAAACCAGGCAGUCUGAACGGGAAACUAAACAACAGGCUGGCCGAACAGGUCAGUCACCAAAGGUAAGGUUUGCGCAGGUUGUGCCAGGCAGUCAUACAACAGCAAAAGACAGAACUGUGGGAGUGCAGGAGUCUCUCCAGCAGCUGGCUUUGAAAGUGGUAUUUGGAUUUUGAAAAGGCACACAUCUAUGUAAGUGCAAUACUGGCUUAGGGUAGCAGCUAGACUCACACGGCAACAUUUUCCAUGUUAGUCCUCCUGUCUCUCUGCAGGUACUACUUUAAAAAAAAGUCUUUCAUUAGGAAAGAAUUAGCAUUUUUGGAUGAUUGAAUGUCAUUGGUUAAAGUCAGCCCAGUGAAAUGAUUCUGCUUAUGAAGAGCUCUGCUUCUCCACAUCUUGCCAGUCUUGCCAAAGCUUAGCUUCCUUCACAUACAUUUCAGUAAUUUCUUGGUCAGUUUUUAGUAUCUGGCUGAGAUUUGAGCUUGGUAUUUAUGAAGUGAAUUUUUCAUUUUAAUGGGAUUAAUUCCGCAUUUAGCCAUCCCACUUCAUGCUUGUUCCCCCAUCCUCUUACAACUCACCCCAAUGUUCCUCUGCCUCCUUUUCCCACCAUCUCUGCAGAUAGAACUGGUGUGUCCUGAUGCUUUCAGCCCUUUCAAAACUAAGAGACAUCCUGAGUCCCACCUCCCCCACAUCCUGCCUCUUCCCACAGCCCUUUCCAUAUCAGGCAUCACUUUUCGCAACUCAAGUUGUUUGCACUUUCCAUUUGCUACACUUGUCAACUAUAUUAUUUUAAAACCAGUUCGUCUUUGACUCAAACCUGAACAUGCCAUCAGUUGGGUUUUGUGGAUAUAAAAGCGUAAAAUUAAUUUUAGCAAGAUAACAAAAUAUUUUCUAAACACGUCAGUAAAUUAACUCGUAGAAAACGAGAAUGAUGGUCAACUAAAGGUAACGUAACAGUCCAUUUGUACGUUGUUCCCUCCUCUUCUUACUAAGCCCUCCUUGUGCGUGGUCAGUCAUUCCCACCUGCUGCUGCUUGUCCUCUGCAGGGCAGAUUUCUGGGAACAGCAAGUGUGAGAGCAAACUGUGACUACUCGGUUCUUGGCUACCAAGCACAAUUUGUUCCCCACCAGGCCCCCUUGGGUUCCUUCCUUUUUGUCCUGCAGAGCUGUUUGUCAGCCCCUGCUAGCAGACCGUGUGAGCCUCCGCUGCGGGAACUGGCAGCCGGGAUACUGCUGUGCUUAGCGCAGACGAGUCAGUCCAGGUAGAAGAGUAGGAAAUAGAUAGUUCACAUCUGUGAGAAGAGAGAGAGACCCUAUUUUUGAGACAGACCUUAUUUUUGUAUCAGCUUCUGAGCUUUAAUUGACGAUUGCUUCCUAUGUUUAAGCAUAGCAGUGCUUCUGGCAGGGCAUAAAUAUUGUCUGGGGCAUUUUAAUGAAAUGUUGUAAGUGGUUGGAAAGUGAAAUAAAGUUGUAAGUUGGAAAGUGAAAUAAAGUAACAAUGAAGCGA